ACGGUGGUGAUUGAGCCAAGUCCGCACGCAUGUUACAUGAAGAAAUCGCGGCAGUCGCUGCUCAGACGUCUCCGCAGACACUCCUGUUUAUGAUGGAGCAAUCGAUUUCCUACCCCCUCCAGUUCGAGUCAGCGUCGAGGCGAUCCGCGUAUUCGUUCGAAACGGUCGCGAGCGAGCCUCAAUCGAGUCCCGACCGCUGUUCAGUUAACGUCGCUAUGGCAGCGUGUUACAACCCCUACGAGUUACCAACUCAUAGGACAAUCCAAGUGCCUGUGGAAAAAGAUUACUCGAAACCACUCCACGUCGACUGUAGUGUGGAAUACGAACUUCCGAACACCGCAAAGCCUCCCCAAGGAGUCAGGAACGAGCCGCUCCUGAUGAUCCACCCUUGCUACUUCAGGAAGAUCGAGUCUCAGCGAAGGAGUCCUUUCGUGAACAAUCUCCCUGCCAGGACCGCUGUGACCCCGGUGAAGAGAGCGAGGAUAGCUAGGGGUCAGCAGAUUCCCCAGCAGGUGCCGCACCAAGGAGCCCAGUACCCUGUCCAGUACUCCGCCACCUCGGAUAGACAGAUAUGGGAGCAGCUUCCUCCCUUAGUGCCAAUUACCCCAACCCAGAACUGUUGCUCCAAGAGGGAUUUAGUGACAACCUGUGCAAGUUAUACCACUAGUUCCGGAUGUGAUUCCCGUGGUGAUUCUGGCAUCUGGACAGACCCUGACAGGUCUCCAGACAGGCCAGAAGAUAAACACAUUUUGUCCGGAAAAUACAGACAGUAUUUGAGGGCCCACAGACUUCACCCUUACGUUACUUCUGCCAUUCCUUUGGCAUCGACGUUUCCGCAGAUGCAGCAAGUGUGCUACAAUGUGUGAUGGCUGUGAUAUUUUUUGGACACUGCGGUCGUGUCCCUAACCCUUCUUGUGAUAAUAGUGUGUAAUUUCGUACUGACGAAUGGGCGCGCAAGCGCCCAGCGUCGGGCGUGGUAGUGAUUUUGGUAAAUCAGCUGUAACCGUAUUUCAAGUUCGCAAGAUCCAAUAUAUUAUGCUCCCUCUGGAUUAACUGAGAAGUGUCAGCUGUUCCUGGAUUACCACAGAACCCUGCUUUGGAUUAACUUACGUGUCACCUGGAUUAUCAGUGUCUCUUCAACCGGUAGAGUUUAAAAGCUCUCACAAAGUGUAAACAAACGGUAGUAUAUCGAAAAUAACACCGAGUCCACCGAAAUAUCAAGCUCCAAGAAAACAAGUAUCAUACCCAGGCCAGUCACUAUCUGCAAAAUUCCAAGAAGUAGUGGAUAAUCAAGAAUUAACCACUACAACAUGUCCAUUUAAAUAUUAAACACCCUCCUCAUUUCCUUCAGAAUCAAAUUUCAUAAUAACUUGGAUCGAGGAAGUUGAGUUGUCAAAUAAUACUUUGUCGGACGUUGAUCUUCCUUCAAUUUUCUUCCUUUGCGAAUUGUUAGUUUUUGCUUUAGUGUGGGAACCAAAAUUAGUUAUUCUAGUCAUGAUUUUUGUACUCUGUAAAUACUGUAUAUUUAUUCCACUUGUAAAUACCCAUUAUGAAUUCCAAUCUGUUGAAAAUGAAGAGUUAUGUCUUCAAAAUUUUUUAAAUACACUUGUUGAUUUUGAAUUAUUGAGUCUUACUUCGAAAACAUCGCACAUAUUUCCCGUUUUUUUCUGCUGAUAACAGGAAACAAAACAAUUCAAAAAUUGAUGUACUUCUGUAAUCAAAAUAAUUGGGAGAGUUCCAAUUUUGUUAUCAGUUCAAAUUUUAUUUUCAUCGUUAUCAUAAAUUUCACUAUCACUUGAAAUACGAAAUUUCCGGAAAUUUCAAAUCGUAACUUAGAGUCCCAAGUUUUAUGCGAAAUGUCAUAACUUCUGAUAUUAAGGAAGUUUAAUUUGAGUCAGGAAGUGUUGAUCAAAACAUUAAAUGACCUGAAAAAAUUGCUUCUAUUGAAUCAAAAUUGGUAGACUGCUUGGUAUUCUUCUAAAACUAUUCCUAUUCCAAUAAAAAUAUGGAAUUUUCUACUUAAAGUUGAAAUUAUCUUCUACCUGAACUAUACAUUUCAUCGAGUGUUACAAAUUGUUAUAUGGGCACCAUAAAGCAAUUUUUCUUCACUGCAAUUCGACUCGACAUCCUAACAGUGAAGGUUAACGAAAACCAAUUAGAGUACUUUCUGCUCUGCUGGUCAGUCUACCAUGAAUAUCUUGAAAAUAUUGAUUUGGGUCAGCUUUUUAAUACUUAAUACACGAAGAUUGUGACAGAUACGAUUGUCAGUAUCGCUCACAUUUGGAAAGUUGAAAUAUUGGAAAAUUUUAUUAUUAACAAUGCUCUCUGAAGGCUUAUCGGAAGUUAUGACACAAGUCUCUGCUGCUGAUUGAAAAUCAAUAAUUGCCCAGCUAUGGUUUGGCUCUAAUACAUAUUUAAAUCUGCAUAAUACAUUUUCCAACAAUUUCAAAUUUUAUUCGAUCGAGUCCAUCAAUUUUUGACUACUGGGACUUCCAGCAAAAUCCAGUUAUCGCGAAAUCAACCACGAAUGCAAAUGACUUCCAAAUUCAAUGAGUCAGUAGCGAAUUUGGUGACUAAAGCAAUUUUAAAUAACAGGAAAUCUAAUUUACAUAUUCAGAUUACAUGGCCUCGUCUGUUGACGCCAUUCUACCAUUCUUCGAAAUUGAUAUUUCGGUCGAUUUAUCUUAGUAACAAUAUUUCUUUGUUCAAUUGAUUUGUUCAUGUACGAAUGGUUUUGUAAUUGUAAUGAUACCCAUUGUUGCAGAAAGCCAUUAUUGUGUUUCGUUCUAGACAAGGCAGGAAACAAUUUUCUAUAGUUUGAUCGUUUUUUAUCGUGGGAGUGUUUCGAGAUAUGAUUGGAGGAUAUUGGGAUGAAAAAGUUGAAGAAAAGUUUAUAAAUGGCGUUAACUUUUGUUCUUCAUAAACAAAACAAAAAAAUUUUGUUGGAUGGUACUUCUUGGUCUAUCAUAUAAAAAGAAAAUAAUCAUUCCAAAAAAAUUCAAAACUUCGUUAUGUUUACCUAUCGAACGUAUGAUCCAAUAGUACUGUUUUUAUAUGUCGCUGGAUAUAAGGUCCAUCGGCAGGAUCCAUGGAUAUAUUCAAGUUACUAUGCCCCGAAAUGAUUCAACUAUUAAAAUAUCAGUAUCAACUUUGCCAUAUUAAACCUAUAUAAAUAUUUAAAUAAGUAUUACCUACCUGACUUACGUUUCAAGCUCUCCUGUAAGCAGUGUCAAAUAUUAGGAAAAGACCUCAUUCCUUUUUCCAUACAAACUCAAUACCAAAUAAUUAACUUAUUAUUGAUGUAUGUACCGCGCUAAUCUAUUGACCUGAAAAAUCAGGGUAUAAAUACUUCGAAAACGAACUGAUAAUUUUUGGCUAAAUCGAAACAUUAUUUUUUUAGACUUUGAAUGGAAUUUAUCAACUUUCAUUGUGAAGACUUAAUUUUUCGGAGUUCUUUUCGGUCAAUAGAUUUUAUAGGAUCAGCACCAAUGAAUCUUUCAGAUCUGAUAAUAAUUAUUCUAUGGCUACAUAUUUUAGAGACCAAAGAAAUAUCUAUCAAUGUAAAUAAUAGAACUCUGUAUAUUGUACCAGCCGUGAUCAUUAGAAGUAACGGUGUUGCAGAAACCCUGUGAAUAUGUAUAAAAAAUGCUAUAUAUAAAUUUAUAUAUUGUACAGCUAGUCAUAGUUGGAAUACGCUUAUAAAAUAAUAAAUAAAGUGUUACUGUUUUUAUAGAAUCAA